AUGGGCAUCAUAUGCGCGUCCGGCUUUGACUCGGUAGGCAGCUCACUCGCCUGUGUUCUGAAGGCUCUUCGGAUUCGUUCCCAUUUGAGCAGUUUGGGGAAAUUCCCUCUUAAAGCUUUCAGACCGAAGCUGUGGAUCAGAUGGAGAUGUCAGGGUGACCCCGCCUCACGUAAUGAAGAGGAAGCUCUGUCUGCUGUGAAGAAGAUUUGUGAGGAGAACUCUGAAGCUCAGGUGGACUUUGAGUUUUUGGACGUGUCAUCUUUGCGGUCAGUGAGAGAGUUUGUCCGGAGGUUUAAAGAUCGAGGUCGUCCACUGCACGUUCUCAUCAAUAAUGCUGGUGCGAUGCUGCUUCCUGAAGGCAGACCGGUGGAUGGAUUUGAGACGCAUUUUGCCACCAAUUACCUGGGUCACUUCCUGUUGACCCGCCUGCUGCUGGAAACCCUGGUGCAUUCUGGGAAAGAUGAGUCGUAUUCUAGAAUCCUCAACAUCUCUUCGUCUGCACACUACGCUGCUGAUCUCCGUCUACAUGACCUUCAAAACGCAAGUCACGUAGAGGUCAUGAGACUGGAGUCCAGCGGAGCGCCGGUGACGGUCAGUGCUGUCGAUGCAGGUGCGGUGAACACAGGCCUGUACUCUCAUCUCCGCUGUGUCGCACGAUACGCACACAAACUCACCGCACGCUUCUUUUUUAAGACUCCAGCUGACGGGGCAGCGACGGCGGUUUAUUCUGCGGUCUCUCCUCAUCUGGAGCGAGUCAGUGGAUGUUAUCUGCAUGAAGGACGAUGUGUUCGCUCCUCACCAAACUCUUCUGAUAAAGAUCUUCACACACGACUCUGGCAGAACACCUGCGAUCUGUUGAACCUUCAGCAUUCACUGGAGCUUCACUCUCACAUCAGACGAGAACUGAAAUGACUCGAGUCAACACCAAACCAACGAAUCUCGCAUUCAUGCUGAUGCCAUUUCUUUGUGUUGACAAUGUCUUGAUACCGAAGAACUGUGAUUGGCUGCGGUGUGAUGAUGGAAGCGGUUUUGUUUGAGAAGGGCUCAGAGCGUCACACAAACUUUCUCUCUACACUGUGAGUGUGUUUGUGUGUUACUGUCUUCCAGAGAGACAUAUCCUGGCUUCUCAAAUAUAUCUGUGACCUCGCUGUGCUGACCUCUCAUCUGUUGUGUGAAUCAAGCUUUCGCUUUUGAUCAGAACAAAAAAAUAAUAAUAAUAAAGUUGAGUUGAGAACACGGACAGAAGUGGCAGGGAUUUCACCAGCAGGAUCGACUCUGACUGUGUUCUGAUCUCACCGUGACAUUUACACGCGUGUUUAGGAAUGAAAGUCUCACAUUGACAAUAGUUGUGAUGGUAAUAUCACUGGACCUUCAGCGAUUUAUAAGCUACACAACAUCAAUAUAACGCACAAUAACUGAGGGCAUGUUUUGUGUCGCAGCGUUGAUGCAUUAUUAUACUGUGAAAUAUCAUGAUCACGUUUACGAACUAAAACACUGUCAUCAAGCUUUAUUUAUUGAGAAAAGGCUUUGAUUUUCUGCUGACUCGUCACGGUAAGAUCUCAUUCAUAAACACGAGUUAAUACAUGACAUGACAUGACGAAACAGUGUAUUUCUGCAUUGAUUUAUCUUGUUUCAGAUGAAUCGAUGCUGCAGGUGUUUUCUUCAUUGUUUUUAGCUAAUGUUAACAAACAAAAAGAUAUUUUUUUGAUUUCAUCUGCUCCAGUCUCAAUGUAGACGUGAUGAUGUCACUCUUGGUUCAGUACGCACAGAGAACGAAACGUUAACGUUUGUGUCACAUGUAAUAUAACAAGCACAUCAACUUUAUAGGACUUUAUCACACAUUAUCUGUGAUCUUCUGUGAAAGUGGGUUUUGAUGAACUAACAUUCUAUGUUUUUUUGUUUUGUUUACAAAUCUUUGUGUGAAAUAUUAAAUGAGUGGAUCUGCAAUGGCCUUUAAAGAUUGUUCUUAAAAUGUUAUUUCAUGGUUGCAAAAAUGAAUUUUGUCAUAAGUUUAGAUUAACGCACUGCAAUAUCUUCACAACAGCGGGAAGAUAAAUGUCAGAUUUUUCACUGAAUAUGCAAACAGCUCAUCUACUGUACUUUUUUUAUGUUAAAUAUAAAUUAUAUUAAGUCAUUCUAUUAUAUUAUCAUUUCAUUACCUGCGGUAAAAUGUAGUCUUGAUUUUCUUAAAACAAACCUUUUCAAGGAAACCUGCCACUUAAUGAUAAAAACACCACAACUCCAAACCGUAAAACAACUGUGUUGUGUGGAAGGUGUAGAUCUGUGAUAUAAAUGUGUAUUAAAUAUUCUCACGGUGUCAUGUCAAAUGAAAUGUGUAUCUUUAUGUCUGUUGUGUUUGUAAAGCUUCGCGUCACUUUUAAAGGUUUAAAACAUCUUAUAAUGUGAAACAUGAGAGAUUUGUUAAAUGUUUAUAUGUGAUUGUGUGUUAACAUGCACUUUAGCAAAUGUUUCAAAAACUCUGAAGAAUUCAAGCACACCGAGAUGAGAAAAGCUCAUUUGGUUUGAUUUUGGGAUGAAUGUGACGUGAUUUGCUUAAACUUGAAAUGAGUUUUAAGGGUUGGUCAAUAGAUUUGACCGAAUGAUUUUCCUGCAGUCUGUAUGAAAUAUAACUUGAAUUCCUUCUGCCAGCUGUGAUGAUAUGAUGCAUCUGGGGAAAUACUGGAAAUAUUUGACCAAAGUUAACAAUAUGACAUAAACAAAAUUCUUCUUUAAGCUAUGACCCGUAUGAGAAUUAUGCAUUAUGAAGUUUGUUCUGUUUAUUUCAUGUUGUCACUGUGAUAUUCUUUCUUUGUGUCAUUUCUAAGCCUCUGAUCAUGCAAUAACUGCUCAACACAGCAACACUUGUUUUUGUUUUAAAAAAAGCCUCAAUAUCCUUCCAGAAUGUUCCAUGUAAAAACAUUUGCAAUAAUAAAAGCCGUC